UGAGUCUCUACGUUCUUACCGUCUUUUACCCGACUGAUCCGGCGGGGCGGUUCAUUACCUGAGAAGAUGAUGGGAAUUACAUCAGAUUACCACAUUCAAGCAGCAUCGGCCAGGCCAGAAGAUGGAAGAUGCCGCACGCCAUAAAGCACCCACGAGGCAGAGUCUUGGAGAUGAAGCCCUCUUGACUUCCACCGCGCCUCUCUAAUGGCAGCCAGGUAUUCCAACACCAUGAUAUCAUGUCUUUGUCCCCACAUCUUGGACGGGCAGAUGAUAUGCAGCCUGCCACAUGGCCCCAUUCAUGCCCGUCCCUUUGUCCGGCACGGUGCUAUAUAGCUGGCCGCGAUGGAGCACCGACGUCAAGCGGCCAAGUGAGUGCACUCAGUCAACUGGCGAGACCGAGUGGUCUCUCAUCUAGCAGCCUACCAAGUUCUUGGCUGUACACCGGUCAAGAUGGGAACAUCUCGCUCCCUGCUGUUGCCCAUCGGUUUGGCAACUUUCCUCCUCCCGGUCGACGUCGCCGUGUCCCUUGCGCUCGUCUCGACCAUGGCUGGCUUCCUCCACGGCCACGGCCAGGGCGCCUUUGCGGUCACACCUCCGGGCGCAUCGCCCUGUCUCCUCUUUUGUGAGCCGGCAAACCUAGUGGCCGACCAGGGCCACAUAACAAAUGCCGCCGGAGGCACGGCGUUAGUUCUGGUUGGAUUCGGUGGUAGCAUUGCCCUCUGGCGGGAGUGGUGGACCCGGAAGAAGGUGGCCAUUGACAUCGGCGUGGCGAGGGCGAACCCGCCGCCGGCGCGGUAUCCCGACGGCAGGUGGACGCCCGAGAACUGGUACGCCGCCGUCUUGGAUCUAUCGCUGGCUAGCGCCGACCAGCGGAAGGCCAUCGGCGGGAACCUGCGGCGAUGCGGGCGUGGCGGUGAAUGUGGUGGCGUUGUUCCUUUUGGGGUGUCGCAGGCGAGGCGGAGGGACAAGCAGGCUGUGUCGAUGGCCGAGGUGCUUGCUGAGCCGUCCUCUGACGGAAGCAGACACGCAGCGAAGACGACGACACCGUGGAACCUGGAUGAUUCAAGGGGGGUUUGA